AUGACGCUGAUUGUUAGAAUUAACAACGUAUUGGAACAGUUUAGGCACGAAAUGGGGGUGUUCAACAACGAAAUGCAGCAGUUUAGAAAUGAAACAAACCAGCGAUUAAAAAACUUAGAAAUAUCAAACAGAACUUCAGUUUCACGUUUUGAUAGCCAAUCGGAGGAUGAAGGGGAAAUCGAAACUCCUCUGAUGCCAUGCUAUUUAAUAGCUCCUUAA